AUGCAAUACGCCUUCAUCGGAGGUCUGAGCUUGACGUCCCUCCUCUCUGUUUCACCACUUGCGACUAUCCUAAUGCGUAGGUAUGGCAUUCGCCCUACCAUGUUUUUUGGAGCAGUGCUCGAAACUGCCAGCUUUGUCAUCGCCAGCUUCGCAACACAACUAUGGCAUCUGUUCUUAACGCAAGGACUUCUCUUUGGCGCUGAAGUCGGUCUACUGUUCAUACCCAUAGCUGCCGUUGUGCCUCAAUGGUUUACAGCAAAACGAUCACUAGCCAGCGGAAUAUCCCUCUCUGGAGCCGGCCUUGGAGGAGUUGUAUAUUCUCUGGCCGCGGGUGCCAUGAUUAGCAGCCUUGGCCUGAGUUGGGAGUUUCGAGUCAUGAGCAUAAUUGCUUUCACCGUUAAUUCAAGCUGCAUUUUCCUGAUAGGCGACCGGAACACAGCGAUUGAGGUUAAUCAGGGCGCUUUUCACAUCACUCUAGUUAAGCGUGCUGAAUAUCAGCUUCUUAUCGGAUUCGGCAUCCUUACCAUACUUGGAUAUUUCAUCUUAAUCUUUAGCCUUGCGGACUACGCUAUGAGUAUCGGCCUUGAUUCCUCCCAAAGCUCGCUCAUUGCUGCCUUAUUCAACUUUGGUGAAGCCAUUGGGCGGCCAUUAGUGGGCUAUCUUAGUGAUAACGCUGGCCGGAUGAACAUCUCAUUUUCGAUGACUCUUCUUGCUGGGAUCUUACCCCUGGCCGUGUGGGUGAACGCCAAAGGCUAUGGGGUUCUUCUUUUCUUCUCAGUCAGCGAGGGACUUGUAGCUGGAAGCUUUUGGGCCACGAUUUCACCGCUCAUGGCCGAGGUUGUUGGCGUCGUGGACCGGAGAGAGUUUCGAUAG